UAAAAAUAUACCUCUGAUCAAAUUUAAGAGUUCUGGAUCUCCUUUUGCGUUUCAUCUUCAGCUAUCUCGGUCAUUAAGCUUAAUCGAAUAUAAAUCAAGCCUAGCAUGUCUAGUAGUAGUAACGGGAUCAUAGGCGGUUUUUGGCCUUCAUGGUAUGCGAGUUCAAGACCUCCAUCGAGCAUACCCACAUCUCACUACACUCAUCUCUUUUAUGCAUUUGUCAACCCUGAUCCAAACGCAUUUUUCACACUAAAAAUUACUUCGGAGGAUAAGGGAUUGAUGUCCGACUUCACUAAUCGUCUCCAUUCAAAUAACAGCUCCGUGAAGGCUUUUCUAGCAAUUGGAGGUGCAACUGAUGAAGAAGCAAAGAAUCAAGCUUUUUCUGCAAUGGCUUGCAAACCAAAGAACCGUGAAUACUUCAUACAGUCCGUUAUUGAAGUGGCUCGUAAGUAUGGUUUUGAUGGUGUUAAUCUGGGUUGGGAGUUCCCAUAUGGCGAAACGGGAAUGAAAUAUCUUGCCUCCCUCCUCGCUGAAUUGCGAGGGACAGUUGAUCAGGAAGCUCGUCAAACGGGAAAAACAAAGCUUGGGAUCAGUUUAUCUGUUUUCUUUGCUCCUGACUUGAGUUUAAUGUCAUCCAAAUGCACCCUAUAUCCUGCUACAGCUAUAGCAUCUAACGUUGACUUUGUUAACCUAAUGUGCUAUGAUUAUGCUGGAUAUUGGGAUAUAUAUCAUACCGGUUCAAUUGCCGGACUUUACAGCAACAGUGGUCCGUACAGUACUAGCUAUGGAAUUCACAAAUGGAUAGAAGCGGGUGUGCCACCAGAAAAAUUGGUUAUGGGACUCCCAGUUUAUGGUCGGACAUGGAAGUUGAAGGAUAAAAAUAAUAAUGGUAUCGGUGCACCUGCUGUCGGUACAGGUCCUGAAGAUUCUAAAUACGACAAAGGGUACAUGUUGUACCACAACGUGGUGACUUUCAAUGAUACCCGUAACGCAACUGAGGUAUAUGACGAGGAAACAGUAUCGUGCUAUUCUUACUCUGGAACCAAUUGGAUUUCAUACGAUGGUGUGAAAUCCAUUGAGGCCAAGGUAAAAUAUGCUAAGGACCACCACCUGGGUGGAUAUUUCUUCUGGGCUGUUGGACAAGACUCUCGUAACAGCCUAUUCACGGCAGCUUGGAACGCAUGGAGGAAUUAAGGAAGCAAAUGCGUGGGUUUGAAGAUGUCCUAUACGAGAUCUAUUUUUCCAUGUAAUCUUUUGAUAAGGUGUGUGCUUGUGAUUUUGUUUGAUAUCUGGUAUAUUUGUAUUUCUGAACGAUGUUCUAGUAUAUGUGCCGUAUGUCCCGGAAAUAUAAAGUCUUCUUCAUGUUACCGAAAGACAGAAGGAAGUCCUUAUAUAAGGUGACUCGAAGGCAUUCCCGUCUGCCACAUUUCUACUCAAUUUUAUCCCAAUUUGA